AUGGCCACGCUAGACGAACGUUAUUUGGAUGGUCCCAAUGUUGGGUAUUGUUCAUCAUCAGACGAAGAUGAACCUCAGCCAUCAGGAGGUCCGGGAGUGCCAACAGAUCCUCGGAAUGCACCUCAGACUGGUCCCAAAGGAGUUCUGGCCGAUUACAGGGAUGCAAAACAAGCCGAGAAGCAAAAACAGCUUUUACAAGAGAAGAAGGUAAGGGAUUCCCGUUUUUGGUAUGGUUUUUAGGUUGCAUCAUCUUUUUUAUAUUGCUUGGUAUUGAGAGGAAUUCUUUGUUGCUGGUUUGCGCUUGCUCUUCUCCAACAUAGUAAUUAACUUUGCAUCCAUUUCCAUUGGGCUUUGGCCUUUUUUGCCUUGAGAAUCUUCGGGGAUAAUAUAAUUAUUGACUUUUUCGAUGGUCUCGGGAGAAUUGCUAAUGUCUAAAUUUUGUACAGCUCUUAAAAGACGCCGAACGCUUUACAUUGUCCGGGAAAGCAGACGAAUCGGAUGAUGAGGAUUCUCUGGAGGCCAUCAGGAAAAGGCGCAUCGAGCAUCUGAAGAAUCUGAAUAGAGCUCGAAUUGUAGAGAUUCCAAACAAAGAAGAGUUCCUUCAUGUCAUUGAGAGUACGAAUACAGUCGGCGAUGCCGUGAUCCACAUCUACAGGGAUGGUCUUGAGGCCACACAAACCUUGAAUGAGGCGCUUUUGGAUCUAGCUGCUCAAACCAAAAACACUCGGUUUUAUAAGGUCAGAGCGAAUGCCUUGGACAUGACGAAGCAAUUUGUAAGUCAAUAAAAGCCUUUGUAAAUUUUUUAUUUUUGUUUUAGAGUGAGAAUGCCCUUCCAACUCUCCAGAUUUAUUCCAAAGAGCAUCUGAUUGGUAACUUUGUGCGGAUCACAGAUUCCCUGACCGAAGACUUUGAUGUCCGUGAUCUCAAAUCCCUCAUCCAACAACACGAAGUCCCCCUCCAAUUCAAAGACUGA